UUUACAUUCUUAUUUAAUAAAAAAUACAAGUUCGAUAACUACUGUGAUUUGGCUUAAACUUGUAUGCUUCCUUGUUUUCUGUGAUUUCUGCGGACUCUCAGUCUGGUAAAUUAUGAGUUUUCAUGGUAUCAGAAGGGAGCGGGUGACUCCUUGGAAGAGGGCGCCAAAGGCGCACCGUCCUGAUGUUGAAAGGGAAUCAAUGAAUAACAAACCAAAGCGACGAAGAUUUUAUUUAUAUCCGCAAAAUAGGCACUUAGAUGCUUACACGAAUAGGGCUGCUUUAACAGUUUCCAGAUCUGUCGUCAGUCUUGAAUCAUACUCUGGGGAAGAGAUGAUAUUUCAAUGUUCUGGAACUAUUGUAGACAGUGUUGACACUUGCAACAUAAUAUUAACCACUGCAAGUCUCCUCAGGUGUUCCACAAAUAGAAAUUCUGUAGUAGAUAAUAUCAAGGUUAUCGUGCACCUAUUCGAUGGGAGAUCAUUUGAUGGUCAUAUUGAAUCAUAUGACUUCCACUACAACAUUGCUGCCAUAAAGAUUCAAUUAGACACACUACUCCCAGUUGCAUCCCUGGCUUAUUUAAAUGAUUCCAUUGUGAUUGAUCCAAGCCAACUACAGGGUUCUGAGAAGAAGUCAUUUCAACUUCGCCCUCAUUCAAAUUCAUUUGAUCUUUUUCCUGGAGUUUCAAUUAUUGCACUUGGUCGGCUUAAUAGGAAGCCAUACGAUAUCAUGGCUGCUCCUGGUGAAUUCAGCAUUGAUCGAUGUCACUCUGGCGAUUUCUACUGUAAAGAGCUUUUCAUGACGACUUGCAAAAUUACAAUAUGCGGUGAUGGGGGUCCACUGAUUAAUCACUAUGGAAAAAUCAUUGGUAUCUGCUUUUAUGCCGUGGGCUCUUCUGUGUUCUUACCAAUCAAUAUAGCUUCCAUAUGGUGGGAGCAUCAUAAGAAAUAUGGUUAUGUAGGUUCUCUACUUCUUGAAUGCGGCUUAUUAUAUUGAUGUGAUUCAAAGGACUUGUUUUAAGUCAUUUGUAAUUAGUUAAUGGUCUUUGGGAUGCUUGAUGCAUUGGAAGCUGCCAAAACAGGCAUGUGAAGUGAAUAUUUGUAGUGAAGUUCAGGAAAUAGGAACUCGUUGAGUUAUGCAAAUUGUACUGUAUUUUGUUUGUAGUUCAGAAUAGAUCUUAAACUGAUGUUUGAUUAGACAAGGAGAAGCUUAAUUGUAGUUUAAUGCACAUGAGACCUAGAAGUACGGUCUAAAUAUUAUGUUCCACUUGUUUGUGUCAUUAUGGGGAUCUUCUUUUCUUUAUAUUGUCUUACAGCUAUUGUAGUUCAAUAAGGUGUUUGGUUGAUAUUUAAUGUUGGUGUGUAUAUUUCUAACUUCCAUGCUGCUGAAGUACUUGCACAUCCUGAUUUUUUGUUCUCUUUAUUUUUGACUCAUCUGUUUGAGAAAUGACAAAUAAUUUUCGAAUUCCAUGUCUAGAAAAAUGGAAUAGAAUGAAAUCUGUAGAUAAUAUAUGCAAUUUUUAAGCUAAUACAAUUACUAGCAGUGGAGUCCUUGAGUUAUUUGAGGCAAGUCUUGCCAUGGUGGCUUUUCUGGACUCUUGGUAUGUCUCUUGACAAUGAAUAUGCAAGAAUGUUGGUUCCAUCAUUCUAACCAAAAAGUAAAUUUGGAUCUCCUCGUCUAAUUGGGAUGUAAUUCUGUAUUGGAUAAUGACUUGUACUUUUGUUCAAACCCAUUUGCUACUUUUGCUUCACACCUACCUUACAAAAAUAAGAAACGGAAAAAAUAAUCUGCAGCAGAACUCUUUAACCAUAGUCGACCUGAUGAUCUGUGUCAUUGUUAAAUUUAUCUCCCUCAAGUGUGUUAUCUUACAUCUGCUUCCGUCUCUUCAUCCUCCUACUGAAUUGAGAAAGGGCAAAAGCAGUUGGUGGCUUGAGAAAACUGCUAGCAUUCAAUCCAAGAAGUUGUCCAGUGACCAUAGAAAUACUUUUCACCAUGUACUACUUCAAAAUAACCAGUCCAUCCAUGUAAGAACUCAAAUAGGUAGCCAUAGGAACAAACUUGCCUUUGCGUUUCUGUUUGCUGUGAUGGCAUUGACAGUGACCAAAAUUAGCAGAAGGCUUUUUUUAAUUUUUAGAUGAGGGUAAUUGUACAUUCACAAAAUCUCAUCAUCCAAAAAAUGACGAGGUGGGAACUUACAAUCCACAGGGGGCAGAGUACGUCCUCAAUAUUUUCUAUAAACUUUACAUUUUCCGUAUGAAAUCAACUAAAGCUUCUUUCCCCCACCUUACUCUUGUUUACACGAAACAUAGAGAAAGCUGAGGCAAUCCAUUCUUGAUCUUCUGGAUGGUGCUCCUUUUGGCUUCAAAACAUCUUGCAUUUCUUUCUUUAUUUAUUGUCCACCGAAUGCGUAUACUGUGAUAAUCUUCCACCAGUCUUCCUUUGCCCCUCUUCUUCCAAUUCCUUUCCAGUUAUUUAAAACAUUUCAAAAGUAGUCUUGGCAUUACCCUACUAGAGAGCAUGUUUCUAGUGCAGGAAUAAAUGGCCAUUAAUCACUGCUUCUUGGCCACUCAGAAAAUACCUUGAGCAAAUCUGUUAGCUUCUUCUUUUCAGCACUUCAUGAGUUAGACUUGCUCUUCCAAUCACAAGCCAUGUAAAACAAGAGACUGUGUGAGGAAUUUUGAUCUUCCAAAUUAACUUCCAAGGCCAAGCCCCAUUGUCAAUGACCAAUUAUUAUUCAUGUUCCAUUAGCAGGAUUACUUUACUGUGAAGACUCAACUGAAAUGCCCGAGGAGGUGUUCAGUACCCAAAGCAAACUUGCUACACUAUCAACUUCCCAAUCAUUUAGAGCCCUUCUGGAGAUUUGGUCCCAUCUUUGUGGGGCCCACAUCUGAGAGACAAUGACAUUUCUUUGUAGGCAUAUGAUAUGUAGAUCUGGGAUAGGGCUUUUAGACUGUCUUCUCCCUUACCAGUGUUCAUUCCAGAAAUUUGCUUGCAUACCAUCUCCCAAUUUGAUGGACAUGUUGGUAUUAAACUUAGGCCAUAUCCUUAUGAUGGUUUUCAACAAACUGUGGUCCAGUGAUUCAGUAGCCCAUAUUUCUCUGCAAUGAACCUUCUCCAUAACCAUUUCUGCAAUGGACAAGCGAUGUGUAAGCUGAGGUUCUUUAACCAAACCCAUUUGAUUUUUGCAAGGGGAUUGAUUUUCCUUUCAACGCUCUUGGGUAAAGGGAACAAGCCCAUCAUAUAUGUGGGAAUGGUAUUCAUCACUGAUUUUAUAAGUACUCUACCUCCGAGGUAUAGGUACAGACCCUUCCAACGCCAUGCUGAUAGGCAGAAAAACAGGAGCAUGGGUUGGAGUUUAUGGAACAAAAAAAUUGCUUAUUCUGCCCUCUAUUAAACUAGAUUAUAAAGAAAGGUGAACUACUUUAGUGCUUUAGAAAAUAUACCUUGAAAAUGACUAAUAUUAAUUUGAUAAAUGAGAAGUUAAAUGUUUUCCUGCGAACAGGUUUUGCUUUUAUUUUUGAAAGAAAAAGACAAAUCAGAAAACUACUAUGUCGGCCAGCAUAUCCUCAAUUGAUACCUCACGUUGUAAGGUCUUGUUGUGUUACCUAAUUCAUCAUCUUGUAACAACUAUAGUGUCGGCUAUACUGAUCUUAUGUAGACCUUAAUAUCUCUAAUAUCGCUUAAACUGUCACUAAGUUGUAUUUUGGGGUUUCUGAAAAUGCUACAUAUUAUAGUCAGUAUUGUAAUAAGCUUACAAGUUAGUUUUUGAUUUAAUAAAAAAUUACAGUAUGGCGAUAUUAGAAAGUAGGACAAAUAAAAGGUCUGAGGAUAGGGAAAGAUCAUGAUAAAUAAUCUGUACACUAGCGUUCUUUUUUUUUUUAAAAAAAAGAACU